AUGCCUGAACCGCAAUUGAGGAGACGCCCUGUGGGCUCCGGAAGUAGAGGAUCUGCUCCUCCGCGUCCUAAUGUGGCAAACCAGAAUCAAGCUGUCGCUCUGGCUGUCCUGUCAGAGCUGGGGGCCAUGAUGGAGCUGUUUUUCAAAGGACUCAGGCUUAAGGAGAUGAAAGGUUGGGGCGAGUUUUUCGCGCGGUUCAAGGCGCCACGAGCUUGGAACACCAAGGUCCUCGAUGAGCGGCUGACGACGAAUUUCCUCCACUACCGAGGGAACUACAGCGUGGUUGCUGCCGGCUUGCUGGUCGUGGGCAUUAUUUCGAACCCGUACGUGCUGCUGGCAUUGCUCUGCUGCGCGCUGCUGCUGACGUUCCUGUUCCCCACUGGGGAACCACGGCGAGCGGUAAGGGUGGGCGACCGGACGCUGGAAAGGCAAGAGCGGCUGGCGGCGGCGGUCAUCGGCGCGUCUUGCAUCCUGGGGUUGACGGGGGCCUGGUACAUUCUCCUCUUUUACGGCGGGGCGGGCGUGCUUCUCUGCCUUCUGCACGGCGUGUUUCGGCCCCGAUCAAUAGGCAGCAAGACUAGCCGCGCGGCCGCGGAAGCCCAGGCCGGUUUCACCAUCGAGAACGCACAGAACUUCGCGGAAAACAUCUUCGGCAUAACCGGCUCGCGAUCCCAAUAGCGUCCCGAGCACAUCCAUGUGGUGCGUUCUUACCACAUGGAUGGCGUCUUUUUCUGCAAGGCUUCGUCGUUUCACAAGAGGCAGAGAAGGGGAGGACGUGAGGUCAGCUCUUCCUUUCCCGAUAGGGGGACUUGCAAAAAAGAGCAUAUCCUCGGACGGCCAAUCAGGAGCAGGCGGAUCGGAAGGUGGCUGGUAGGGCAUCGUUGUGAGAAUGGUGCUCUCGUUCACAAUCGAGUUUUUUGCGGGAUGAGGUUGAGAAUGGUGCUCACUACCAGUCGACUGUCGCGGGAUAAGGUUGAUACCGUGGUGAAUCCCGGCCGGGGGAUGCUAUGAAGCAGGAUGCGUUCUGGUGGGGAGGGUGGCUUGCUGGUUGGGACGGGGACGAUAUGGCGGAAUCCGAGGAUGUCAAGAAGAAAGUUUGGUUUUGCGUCACAACAAGCUUCUACGCUAUUGUAGAAAAGUAGAUAUGUCUUCCCUGCCCGAUAUGGCGAUCGAUGCGUAUUGGGAGUUGCGAAGGAAGGAGAUGACCUGUUGUCCAUACUCAUGAGACAUCGUGACACCCAGGGGACGGUGUGCGUCGAAAAGGUUUAGCUGGCCCGGUGCUGGUUCCGCCAUGCCGCACUCUGCUCGUACGUACUUGGUGGUCGCGGAGACGGCGUUACUCCCCCCUUCGAUCUGCAACCAAAAUUUGAGGCCGAAAGCAGCUACAUAGUUUGAUAUUAACAACGAAGCUCGUAUUGAAGCACUUAGUUGCUGGUUGAUCCCGUAAAGAGUUGCUCGCAGGUGACAUGUUGUGUACGUAUGUAUCCGUGCGCAUGUUUGCACAUGUUGGCUUUUGUGAUCUGCUACACUUGUAUCGCGUUUGCGGAGUUUCUGGGUCCUUUUUUGUUUCCAUUCUUUGAGUUCUAGAAUUGUGUACCCUUUUUGGGUAGUUGGCCAGUGAUCGUGAAAGGCGUCCGCGUCAAUUGGACCAGUACUAUGGGUAUUGACGGUAGUGAGUAGUGAGCAGAGGGAGAUCGUUGUAACGGUUUUGACUGUG